AUGGGCGAUGACCGGGCAGAUUUCGACAACGUCGCAUGGGACAGAAACGAUGAGGCCUGGGAAGAGUCGCAGAAGUGGUUUCGUCGCGUCUGUACCCUGCGUAAGAUAGAAGCCUUCGUGACGCAGAAAUUGGGCAAGACUGCAACCUGGGUAACCCCGCUGAGGAUCGGGGGAUUCAACAACCUCUACAGGCUGCGAAUCGAGGGGCCCAACCAAGCCCACUUUGUUGCGCAAAACACCCGGAUUCCAGUUGCCCAAGUACUCUUCUACGGACUGUCGAGUCCAGAGUCUGAAGUUGGGCCCUUCCUCAUCAUCAAACAUGUCGAAAACUGCGGAACUAUGUCUCACGCACUAGCAAUGCCCAACGAGAAGGAUCCUACCGAGGCUCACAUGUUGAACCCCGGCGUUUCCGAGGGUGUGGUCGAGAGAUUUUACGGCAAAGCAGCUGUCCACUUGCUACAGCUCUUUGAGCCCAGCUUUCCCUGCAUUGGGUCUCUAGCACAGACUGAUGAGAACACCUUCUUGGUGGCAGGACGGCCGAUAACCCAGAAUAUGAACAACAUGCUCCAGCUUGCGAAUAUCCCGCGCGCCACCCUCCCCCCUGGGGACAGAAUCUAUAGGACUGCUGACGAAUGGUACCUUGCGCUGGCGGAAAUGCAUAUGGCACAACUCAUCUUUCAACACAACGACCUCGUUACCUCGACAGAUGACUGCCAGAAUAAGUAUGUGGCACGUCAGCUCUUCCUCAGGCUGGCCAAGCAGGGCCGGCUGUCGACUUUUGGGUUUAACCAGCCCUCGACGCUGUCUGCUCCCAGCGGGUCAAGUUCCUUCAGGCUUUGGUGCGACGACCUCCGGCCAAGCAACAUCCUCUUGAAUGAGGCUGAGGAGAUAGUUGCUGUCAUUGACUGGGAAUUCUCAUAUGUGGCUCCAACGCAGUUUUCUCUCGACCCUCCUUGGUGGCUGCUGCUCAAUGUGCCUGAGACGUGGCACACUGAUAUUGACGAUUGGACCAAGGUUUACAACACGCGCCUGAAGACCUGGCUGCGGGCGAUGGAGAAGGCAGAGGAGAGCAUGGAAACGAAGUCGAAGGGGUUCACACUGUCUUCAUAUAUGCAGGAGAGUUGGGAGACUGGCCGAUUCUUUGGUAGCAGGGAAGGGGACAUUGCGAAACAGGACCUUUGGAAGACGAGAGUACACCUAUUGAGCGAGAAGGAAAGAAAUGCAAUGGGGCCGUUUGUGGAGAGGAAAAUGAAAGAUUCGAAGGAGCGGAUCCUGGUUGACUGGGAUGACGAACAGGUCAAGAAGCGCCUGGCCGAGGUGCUGCGUGAGGACUAA